AACGUAUUCAGAAUGGCGAAACGUUAAAGAGCUGCCUGCAAUUAUCUAGUCGUAGUCGUAGAAAAUGAAACUCGAGGAACCUUCGGUUGCCAUGUCAGCUUGUCCUUCAAUCUCAUCAUUAUUUGGACUUGUCCUUGACAUUUUGCUAGUAAAACUUUUCUUUUAAGUAAUAUUCUUGACUUGGUUUGAGGUUUCGGAAGUCUUUUUAGCGGUAAAAAUAGCUAUACUGCUCUGGAGAUGGUGUGUGUUCUUGAAGCUUGCUAAUCGGUUAUGGCACAGAUUCACCCAACUGCUUCCUUAUUCUUCCCAAUUGAGUCACCUGACAAAAUGAAACCCUAGAAGAGAGUUCUGUCUUAUUGGCACAUGUCAGUUUGGCACAUGUCUGGUGUGGCUUUGCAGGGUUCACGUGAAGUGAAACCCUGCAGUGUACUGUCAAACUGGUGACAUUUCCUUUCUAUAAAAGGAGAAAGCUACAUAAGUGGCAAGUUAGUUCUUGGAUCAGUGAGUAUAGUUUUCACAUCACUUGCUGGUGGUUGUGUUUCACAUUAUUGGUGCCCACUGCGAAUAUGAGUGACAAAUCCCUGACUCAAUCGUGUGUUCUUCAGAGACAAGAGAAAAGGCUGCAAAAGGAGCUUGUCUCCUUGAUCAAGGAACCUCCUCCUGGUGUUGUAAUCGAUGGAGAAUCUGUGGGCCAGAGUCUGGACUUGUUGGUGUUGAGUAUUAAUGGAGCUCAAGGAACGAUUUACGAAGGGGAGCAGUUUCAGUUACAGUUUCGUUUCGGACCAAAGUACCCUUUCGAUUCGCCCGAGGUUGUUUUCGUCGGAUCGGAGAUCCCUGUCCAUCCGCACGUCUACAGCAACGGCCACAUCUGCCUCAGUAUAUUGACCGAUGACUGGUCACCGGCUCUGUCCAUUUUUUCGGUCUGUGUUUCCAUUAUCUCAAUGCUCAGCUCUUGUAAAGAAAAGAAGAGACCCCCAGAUGACAGUAUGUACGUGAAAACGUGCAGCAAAAACCCAAAGAAAACCAAAUGGUGGUACCACGACGAGGAAGUGUAAAACGGGUUGAUAUAUCUCUCCCCCUUGAUUCCCGCUACGAAAUAAAAGAAAAAGAACCUGUUUCACGCCGGCGAUGCUCGCGUCAGAGACAAUCUAGUCGCCAAAAAAAUACGAAAGAAAACAGAAAUGGAUUUUCUUUUUUCAGUUGUCAAAAUUUUUCCCCCUUUCGAAUCGAUCGCGUCGAUUUCCCAUUCCCGAUAUUGACCUACUACUUCCUCGCAUAACGAAACAGUUCCUCUCUGUCUUGAUUAUAUGCGGUUGUAUAAUUGAUACUCUCCAAUUUUUGACUUGUAGCAAUAUUCAC